GAAGUCUUCUCAGGCUCAGGCAGUGUCCUCAUCUCUCGUGAACUCCAAAAUCUGAAUAUGCUUCUGGUCUGUUCUUCUCUCUGGUCCGUUGUAUUUAUACAAACAUGACUGCAACUUCGAGGAUUUCUCUUGCUUCGAACUCUCGUCCUAUGAGACACGACGGCUGCAGGGUUCUGCAUAUAUUCGAUUCUUAAUUGCGCAACCUACUACCUGCAAUAAUCUCGAAUUGUAGAGUCCGUACUCUUGGUCUCCGUAUUUCUAAAUAAGUUCGGGUUCUGGAUAUCGUCCCAAUCUUCCAGCCCCUAGAGCGCAUAAUAGCGCCAUCUAAAACAACGGCCAACCAGCAUGACGAACUCGACCGACUACGAAAACCCCAUUUCCCGGAAAGACAGCAACGUAGCAAUCGCGAUCAUAUUACCGUCACUUUUUGCAGUCAUCCUCGUUAUCCUUAUCGCGAUGUUGGUGGUUAAGGCACAGCAUUACCUUGACUGGGCGACGAAGCAGAGAGUUGAGCAUCCGGAUGCACCUGUCAUAAUGAACCCGCUAUGUGUAAUUUGUCUCGACGAAAUCGAAGAUGCUGCACAAAUUCGCGGUCUAGGAUGCUUUCACGUAUUUCAUCAAGAAUGUCUCGACGACUGGUUUGGCCGGUGGAAUGAAUACUGUCCACUAUGUCACCGGCCUAUCAUCCAAGCAAUAAAAGCGAAGAAGGCUGGUCGGGACGAACACCCUAAUCCACCACCUGUGGCCUAUAUGGUCUGA